AUGUCGGCUCCAGCUUCAGAUGAAGCGUUGAAUCCCAACCAUUGGACUGUCACCCAAUCCUCUGACGGUUCUCCCGUAUACACCUGUAGAGUAUGCGUCAAUUACAAUGCCCAUUACCUUCGCCACUGCCUAGCACACCAGCGCUCGCAAAGACACCAGCAAGCCAUCCUAUUCUCCGAGAUCGAGCAGACCGAAGGGGAAACGGAUUUCUCGCGUCCGCCUUUUCCCUCUAACGGCGACGAGCUCGUCGUGGAUGAUGUAGUACGCUCCAUUGUGAGCGCAUUGCACGGAAACGUUCCCAGCAAUCCACCUCUUCCGUUAUACCCCGAAAAUCACCCCUCUCUGCGUGGCAUCCGCCUUCAACACGACAACCAUUGGGAGACCUCACCUGCAACUGGCAUAGACUAUGGAGUGUUUGAAGACUCUCUAUCUUUGGACUCCCCUCCACUGCAAGAAGUCGUCACAAACACGACAAAGGCUAUCAUGGAGAUCCUGGAUAUGGACUUGAGUGAUGUGGAAUGGGCCGAGAGGAGUGAUUCAGAAGAGGACAGUGAGACGUCUGUGAGUAAUGACCUCCCAACAGAUGACGAGCUUUAUGGUUUUGAUGAAGACGACGAACUCGAGGAGGAAGGACCGCGGAAACGACCACGAGGGUACCAGAGUGAUCCACAGACAGCACGAGCGUGGUUCCCGUGGCAAGACAAAAUGACGUGUACUCUCGACCUUCUCAUGCACCUUCCCCGCUCGGUUUUCUCCCAGCGUCAACUCGAGCUAUUCUUAUGGUUGUUGAGAGUUAACGGAAUACACGACGUCCCUUCGGUGAAGACCAUGAAGCGUAUAAACGACUCCCUUCAAGAACUAUGCGGAGUUGAGUCAGUCCCAUACGACGGCGUUAUGGGAAACCGAUACUAUGUUAACAAGCUCUCGAAGAUCCUUGCUCAGUUUUACCCCGAAGAUUGCGCGAAGCGAGUGUCUGAGGCUGCCCAUGGCGCUCGGUGGCUUCAUGAGCUAUCUCCUGAAGACUCAACACCAAUGAUUCGACGAGGCGGGACCGACUAUUACAUCCACGAGCCUGCAAUGAUUGUCGAUGGAUCAUGUUGUGUCCCUUUCCGAUGGUUCCGUAGGAAAGGCAGGCUCUUUGCUGAAGCUUGGAAGAUGGAAAUCCAUACCGAGGUUGAGGGACAAAGUUCGUGGAGGGUGCGGGAGGAUGAGGUCAUUGAGGUUAUGGAGAACCUCUUGUGGAAGAAUUUUCCGCAGCUGAAGGAGGAGUAUGAACACCUCGGGAUUCCUAGCCCUACACAAAUCCAUCAUAUUUUCCGUUUCAUCGAAACUCCCGGUCAAGUCAGAAUGCCCGAAACCGUCAAGUGGGAGUACACAGACCCCACUGUUGGCAAUAAGUGGCGUGCAUUGGCGCUCGGACACCGAGUUAUGGCACUUCCGAUGUGGCUUUACUGCGAUGACACAUCUGGUAACGUCUCGAAACGAUGGAAUGAACAUAAUAGCUUUCUAUUCACUCUCGCCGGCCUCCCUCUCGACCAUGUGACCAAGGAAUAUAAUGUCCACUUUCUCUGUACAUCGAAUCUUGCCCCGCCACUAGAAAUGCUAGAUGGUGUAGUCUCGCAGCUCGAAGACUGUAGAGAGUGUGGUGUGUGGGCAUGGGACUGCAAGCUGCAAGAGCUUGUUCUCGUCUUUCCGUCUGUGCUUGCUCUAUUGGGCGAUAAUCCCAUGCAGAGUGAACUCGCUUGCCACAUUGGACUCGCUGGCAAGUAUUUCUGUCGAGUUUGCUGGGUGCAUGGGGCCGAUCCCCCGCCGGACCAGGCAGAUAAUGUGAACGCUCGCACGUCAUCAAGACCCUCUUCCCCAGCACCACACUCCACCACGCCUCCCGCAUCUCCUUCCAUGCCUCCUACGCAAGAGGCCAAUAUUACUGAAACAAUGGCCUCGAUGGUUGCACGCAUCAAGCGUUUUAUUUCGGGUGACAGGUUACGGAACCGGAACGAAACUGAAGACAAGCUACGAUCAUACUUUACGUGGGCAAAAGAUCUCGGAAACCUCAAUCGCAUCAAGAAGGAGAAGACUGCAACUGGGAUUAAGGAUACCCUUCAAGAUUUCUUCCUUGAUAAGGUCCAUAACGCAUACAAACGAAUUCGAGGGACUGGCGGACGUAGGGAGGCGUUGGAAGAAGCGUUUCGGUGCCUGCCGAAUGAGAUAACAAGUCCAGUUUGGAGAAUCAAAGGCCUUGACCCACAUCGUGACACCCCUGUCGAGAUCCUGCACGUCAUUCUCCUUGGAAUUGUCAAGUACUUUUGGCGGGACCUCAUCCACAACCAACUCGACAAAAAGGACGACAAGAAGCAGCUUUUAAUGCAUCGCCUUUCGAGCCUCGACGUAUCAGCCCUGGGUUUUUCACCACUUCGAGGCAGGACUUUGGUCCAGUAUGCAGGUUCUCUUACCGGCGGCGAUUUUCGAGCUAUUGCACAGGUUGCACCCUUCGUGAUCUAUGACCUUGUCGAUCACGAAUGCUUUGAAGCUUGGGUCGCUCUAUCGAAGCUGGUGCCUAAGGUUUGGCAGCGUGAAAUCAACGACAUUGACAUCUACUUAGAAGAGUUGGAAUACGAUAUCGAGCAGUUCCUCCUUCGAACAGCGCAGUGGACAAGUCAGUGGUUCAACAAACCUAAGUUCCAUAUUCUGCGGCAUCUCCCUGAUCACAUUCGACGAUUUGGCCCUGCCAUCCUAUUUGCUACCGAGACAUUCGAAUCGUUCAACGCUGUGAUACGAGCCAAAAGUGUCCACAGUAACCGGCAGGCCCCAUCUCGCGACAUUGCCCGGGCAUUCGCGCAGGGAAAUCGUGUACGCCACCUCCUCAGUGGUGGGCGCAUCUUCCAACUGUCCCCGAGUUCUGGUCCCCCUGUCUACCCUCUAUCACUAGACGAGCUGUCUGCGAGCGCAAACUGGACGGUUGCAGGUGAUGAUGUCCGUCAACUGGUCUCGACUAGUACAGAUACUGGAGCGACGAUUGCUUCGUAUCUGGGAUUGCCAAUCAGCUCGCGCUUUACCAGAACGCUGGCUGGCCAGCAUUUCCGUCUGGGGUCAGAUGACCGGAAAGUCAGGACCUUCAGCUCAGUCGUGCUCGGAACCGGCGAUGUAUGCAAACUCGGCCAACACGUUCUGUUCACACCCACGAAUGAAGAAGGCAAUGGAGCGCUUUGGGCUGUUGGAGCCGUCCGAGAGAUCGUCCAGGUACAAGGGUCUUUAUCCUCCAGACGAGGUGGGCCGGAUUUUGUUCUCGUGCAGAACAUCACCUCAGCUGGAACCUCCGACAAGUACCACAUGCCUUCCCUUCGGAUGUCUAGUUCCUACUCAUUGCUCAAAUUCGACCAAAUCAAAUGCACUGUGAACGUACAACACGAUUGCUUUACGCAUCAUUGUGAUACCACUGGUUUCCGGAUCGUCCGUCAAGAACGCCAGAACACAGCACUAACAACUCCAGUCGUAGAACAUCGCAACUACGCUGAAGGUCUUAUUUUGAACCUUGCACAGAUGCGAAAUGCAUCUUUGACUUCCGCCGCCCGUGUUCCUAACCCGCCUCUGGAUUUUGAAGCUACAGUCUUCGCCUCUGCACGACGAGAGGUGGACCGACGGAAAGCCAGAGCGCCAGUGACAUCAACCUCUCGAGGACAUCCAGCCCCUUCAGCUCCAAGUCCUUCAACUGGUAGGACAGUGGGAUCAAUAGGCCACGGGGGUAGGUCUGUGGCAGGUACUGUUCAACCGUCACCGCUGGGUUUGCAGUCGGUGGCGAGUGUGGGUUUCCAGUUUGUGAUGGAGAGUGGCCGUUCUGAGUCGCGUGCUGCUGAACUCUAUUGA